AUGGAGAAGCUGAACUCGCAGAUACAUUUGCAAAACUGUUAUAUAAUCCGACAAAAUGAAAUGCUAAGGAAGAAAGCUCAAGUGCUCAACCAGGAGAAUCAGGCUUUGUUGUCUGAGCUGAAGCAAAAACUCUCCAAGGCGGACACAAAGCUAAGAGGUAGUCCUGACAUUGAUGUUAGUUCUGCUUCCUCCUCAGAUUCCAUCAAUUCCAGUAAACCGUAA